CAGUAACAUGAGCCUUUCAGAUUUUACCAUUACCUCAGAAGUGUCAAAAUCACUUGUCUGUAGUAUUAAAAAAGAAAGAAAAAAAGAAAAAAGAAAAGCAGGGAUUAAGAUGGUAAUUAAUGAGAAAGAGAAGGACAGAAGAGUAAAAGAAACAAACAAAAAAAAUUUCGAAAUCCAAAAAUUUGGGAACAUUUCCCACCAAAAGUAAACCGCCUAAAGUAGUUUUCCGCAGAAUUCAAAAUCCCGCCUUCGUUUAUUGUUUACGAAAUUAAAUACAAUAUCCAAAUUAACCUCUCAUUUUCAGUCUCCAGUAUCCUCUUCCAAGGCAAAGUAAAAGUCUCAGGACAGGUGGUGAAGAAUGGCCGGAAAAGGAGGAAAGGGGCUUUUAGCGGCGAAAACAACAGCAGCGAACAAGGACAAGGACAAAGAUAAGGAUAAGAAGAGGCCUAUUUCCCGGUCUUCUCGUGCCGGUAUCCAGUUUCCUGUUGGUAGGAUUCAUAGGCAUCUGAAACAAAGGACAUCGGCCCAUGGAAGAGUUGGGGCAACAGCAGCUGUAUACCUAGCAUCAAUUCUAGAGUAUCUGACAGCAGAGGUCCUGGAGCUGGCAGGAAAUGCUAGCAAAGAUCUCAAGGUGAAGAGAAUCACACCAAGGCAUCUCCAACUUGCCAUCAGAGGAGAUGAGGAACUUGACACUCUGAUCAAGGGUACCAUUGCUGGUGGUGGUGUCAUCCCUCACAUCCACAAGUCUCUUAUCAACAAAACUACCAAAGACUGAUAUCUUUUCUCAACUAUUUUGUUUUCUUUAACUGCAGAAUUAUGUGUUAAAUGUCAGUCAUAUUUGUUAGGCUAAUUUAGGCUUCUGCAUUGUGUUACGGUUGGAGUUUGUUUAGGACUUGCCUGUUUAGUAUAUAAUAUUUGACAUCUAGGGUUCUUUUCUCUAAUUUAGAUAGGAUUGCUGUUUGUUGGAUUCGUUAAGUUCAAUUUCUUAGCAUUUUAUUUAAUCUUCCUUUAUUGCUUCUA